AUGGCUACCAUGAAGGCUCUUGUCACAACGGAAGGCCACAAGGCUGCCGUUCAAGAUGCGCCGAUUCCUGUGCCUGGCGACGGCGAAAUUCUCGUCAGGAUUCAUUACGUGGCCCAGAACCCCACAGACUGGAAAGCCGUAGCAGCAUCGCCAGCCGGCCGUGUUGUGGGCUGCGACUUCGCAGGCACCGUCUCGAAUCCUAACGGUUCCUCCUGGCGUGAGGGCCAACGCGUCGCGGGAUUCGUCCAGGGCACGUCUGCGAAGCCACCACGGGGCGUCUUUGCCGAGUACGCCGUCAUUGAGUCCUCGCUCGUCUUUCCCAUCCCUAGUAGUGUGUCAUACCAGGACGCUGCUGUCGUUCCUCUGGCGUUCGCUACAGCCGUGCAAGCAUUGUUCCAACGUCUCGGUCUCCCGGAGCCCAGCAAGCCUGCCAAGUCGGCCUUCCCGAUACUCAUCAAUGGCGGAACUAGCUCCGUCGGGAAGUAUGCUGUGCAGCUGGCCAAGAGGGCCGGCCUUUACGUCAUUGCGACCGGAAGCGCCAAGAACCACGGAUUGCUCAAGGAUCUGGGCGCGGACGCGGUUGUUGACUACAAAGACCAGGACUGGGUCGAGCAGAUCCGCAAGCUGAGCCACGAUGGCCUGGAGUACGCCUUUGAUUGCAUCUCCGAGCUAGAGUCAACUAAGGGCGUUGCUGCGGCUCUUUCACCCACCAAGGGUGGGCAUGUAGUCUGUAUCCUGCCGCGCAAAAAGGAGGAGCUGGGCUCCGAGCCGACAUUUACCAAGGUCAAGGUUGAGAGCACGAUAGUGUAUACCGUUUUUGGACGGCCUCUCAGCUACGGCGCAUUUGAUAACAUAGGUGGGCCGACGCCGCAAGACAAGGCAUUCUGGGAGAAAUACCUCAGCUUAUUGCCCGAGUACCUGGAGAAGGGCACCAUCAAGCCCAACAGGGUGAGGGAGCUUGGUGGCAUUGGCGAUAUCUUGAAGGGCUUCGAGUUGCAGGCACAGGGCAAGGUCAGCGCGGAGAAGUUGGUUUACAAGAUUGCGUAA